AAUUAGAAAAUCUUGGCAAACCUGAAAUUUUGGCAGCCGCGAUCAUCAAAGCUCUCCAGAAAGAGACACACGACCGUCCUCGUCUGCCAGGCCUCUGAUCCUCCUCUUCAUUCUUCGUUUCUUCUCUUUCUCCUCUACUGUCCUUAAUGAAGCGAAUACGCAUAACAAGUUGCGGCAACCAAUUGCUCGCCCAACCCACCUCGCGACGGCCGUCAUGUCUCCGCUCUCCAGCUGCAUUGCAGAAUUCCUGCACACCUCAUAAUCACAGGAUACAAUCCCGACUACAAACCACCGCUGCAACCUCCGACAAUCCAUUCGACUCAUUAGAGGCCUCCGCAACACAAAGAAGUCAAUCAUCCAAUACCUCCUCGAAGCCUGCUAGAUACCCCAACAAGCAGCCCCUCGUGACGCUCCCAUCACCUCAUCCAUCCGCCGCUCAGCAUUCCGCCAAACUAGCCGCUCUCAGAAGCCGUCUAUCUCUUCCCCAACGCUUCCCUCUGCAGACACUCGCACGCACGCUUAUCCAUCCUUCCGCAGACCCCAACCCAGCCUUCAACAAUGGCUCUCUGUCUAUCCUAGGAGGCAAUCUACUUGGAUAUUACACCACCGAGUAUCUGUUGGCCAACUACCCCCGCCUUCCUAUGGCUGUAGUAUUUGCUGCACAAUCGGCAUACACUGGACCAAAGGCAUUGGCUACAAUUGCGAGUGAAUGGGGCAUCGAGGCAGCUGCGGAACCGGGAGGCGAGGUGGACCCUGGACUUCUCCAGUUCAAACGUUUACGCUCUGGUGAUGAUCUCCCAGCAUCACUACGAAACCAAAGACGAUACAAAUGGAACGUCACUACAACCAACAAAGUAUUGGAGAGCGAUGAGUUUGGCUCGGCCACCCAAUCACCCUCGUCCCAGCAACUGUCCACGCAACAAGUACCGUUGGAGGAGGCCGCACAAUCCUUCGUCCGCGCUUUGAUCGGAAGUUUACAUCUCCAUCUUGGACGGCCACUGGUAAAGCGUUUCUUCCGCGACCACUUCCUAAGCCGCCAUCUCGACUUGAGCACCUUAUUCGAUUUCCGCACCCCUACUCGCGACCUCUCCCGUCUAUGUGCCCGAGAAGGAUUCGAAGCCCCCGUCGCCCGCCUCAUCUCCGAAACCGGCCGUCUCAGCAGACAUCCUGUCUUCGUCGUCGGCGUAUACUCUGGAAAGGACAAACUCGGUGAGGGGGCCGGCAGCUCCCUCGAUGAAGCCCGAGUCCGCGCUGCGGCUGCGGCCCUCAAGGGCUGGUACCUAUACCGACCUACCGAAGUCACCGUUCCCAGCUCAAUGGAAGGCGAAACCGACCAAAGCAAAUGGAAGCCGAAUAUGGUGGAUUGCGGAGAAGUCAUUGUGUAAGAAUAUCAGUCACCAUCAUGUUGGGAUAUCAUGUUGCAACCACACUUUGGAGUUUUCAUCCUUUCAUCGCACGACUUUGGCUGUAAUUUUUGGGGGAAAC